AUGGGAAUAUGGCUAUUUAAUCCCAAUGCCAUUAGCCCUAGCCAUCUUGAACCCUCAAUGGCAACACAUAACUUCGACCUACCAAAUUCUGAGCAACCAAUUCAUCUACUUAAAGUUGAACAUUUAGAAACAGAUCUGGAGCUUUAUAAAAAUCCAGGUACCAGUCCUUUGUGGCUGGUGCUUAAAUAUCCUCUGCAGCAGCAUUCGAAGCAGGUUGAAGAUCUGGAGGUAAAUAAAGUGCAGCCCGAAAUUCAGCAGCCCAAGAAAAAAUGGAAGACCAUGCCUUUCUCCUGGCUUCUUACGAGUGAAGAGUCAUUGUGUUUGUUGAGGGAAGUGGAGGAAGAUGCAGAAAGAGUUGCUAAUGAAAAAAAAGAAAAAAAAGAGAUUGCCAUCCAAAAACAAAUAGCAAAGGAGUGGAGAAGGCACAGAAACAAGAAAUUCCCAAGCAAAAAAAAGAAGAAAGAGAGUGUGCAAAGUUAG